UCCAAAAUACUGUACAACAACUUUUGAAUUCCAUAGCAAAUGUACCGUGUAUUGAAUUUGAUGGAUUCUUUCCCGUAAAAAAUUCUGAUUUCCGCAACUCAUCUUUGAAUUUGACGGGUGAGAAUGCAAUUUAGGGCUCGAAGGGUAAGUAUCUCUAAGAAUUUAUCCACAGCUUCGUUCCAUGGUCACAAAUUAUCACGCUCCGCUCCUGCAUCCACUUGUUGGUUCAUUAAAGUGGUAUCCACCUUAUGCAUACACCACUCCAACUCGCUCAAUUUUCUCCAAACUGAUUAUUUCCGGCAGAAUUUGAAUCCCCUUGUAGCUUAUGGCGUGGUCCGUCGAAUAGAUAGUAGAUUGAAUAACCCGCUUUUAGCUUUUGAAUUCUUUCGUUACUCACGGCAAAAUUUGGAGUUGAUUCACUUAGAAUCCACUUUUGAUUUUCUGUUAAGGUCGCUAUGCGAGAAGGGUCUUCAUGAUUCAGCUAAAAUGGUGUAUGAAAGUAUGAAAUUUGAUGGCUUUUGGCCGAAUACCUCACUUCUUGAUUUGUUAGUUUCUGCAGUAGCUAAGGCGGGUAUGUUUAGGGUAGCAGAAGAAAUUUUGAUUGCAGAAGCUGAAUUCUGCGUUGAGAAGGAUAAAAGAGUUAGUUCUUUUGUAUAUAAUAAUUAUCUGAGCAUUCUAGUGCAUAAAAAUCGCAUAAAUGAGGCUGUUGUAUUUUUUCGAGGACGUAUAUUAAGGUUAAGAAGCUUUGAUCCCGAUACUUGUAGCUUUAACAUAGUGGUGCGAGGGCUGUGUCGCGCUAGUAAGGUUGAGAAGGCUUUUGAGCUCUUUGAAGUUAUGAGGGAUUUUGAUUGUUAUCCGGAUCUUGUUACGUAUAACACACUUAUUAAUGGGUUAUGUAGCGUUGGUAGAGUAGAUAGAGCAGAGGAGUUACUAGGAGAAGUCGAACUGCAAUCUGGAUUUUCCCCAAAUGUUGUGACUUACACAACUCUCAUCUCUGGAUACUGUAAAUUGGGUAAGUUGGAUAGAGCUGUGACUAUUUUUGGUAGGAUGAUUAAUAGUGGGGUCAGACCAAAUUUGUUUACUUUUAAUACUAUUAUUAAUGGUUAUGGUAAAAAGGGUGAGUUGGCUUCAGCAAUUAAGAUGUAUGAGAGGAUGGCGAAUGGUGGUUUUACCCCUGAUGUUAUCACCUUCACCUCUCUCAUUGAUGGUUGUUGCCGCCUUGGAGACUUGGCUCAAGGUGUGAGAUUCUGGGAUGACAUGAACGAUAGGAAGGUGCCUCCUAACAUUUUUACCUUUUCAAUUUUAAUUAGUGCCCUAUGCAAAGUGAAUAGACUAAACGAGGCACGAGCUUUGCUUAACCAGUUGAAGAGGAGGGAAGACAUUGUCCCAGAGCCAUUUGUUUACAACCCUGUCAUUGAUGGUUAUUGUAAAGCGGGAAAUGUUGAUGAAGCAAAUGUAGUUGCUGAAGAAAUGGAGGCAAAAGGAUGUAUCCAUGACAAGAUGACUUUCACCAUUCUCAUUUUGGGGCACUGUAUGAAAGGGAGAGUGUUUGAAGGUAUUCGAUUGUAUGAAAAGAUGGUGUCAGUGGGGUGUGUACCCGAUAAUAUCACUGUAAGAUCUUUGAUAUUUUGCCUAAGAAAGGCAGGCAUGGCACGAGAAGCAAAUGAAAUAGAGUUCAAGGCAUUAAAUAAUGUUCACUCAGGUUUAUUGUUUGAAACUACUGCUGCAGUUGGGAAAGUGAACGCGCCAAUGACUAAACCUGUUUAGCCAGAGGGUUAUCUUGCUGACUCAAUCUGUCUUUGAACAUUUUAUGAGACACUUGGGUCCAGAAAUUUGUGGGCCAACUAUAGGUAAUUGCUUCUAUUGUCUCUAAUUUCCUUUGUCGUUUUGUUUUCAUCUUAGUCUGUGUUUGAUGCUUUGUCAUUCUUACUUAUUCAUUGUUAGCCAAACAUCUUUUGCAGAUAAGUUAAAAAAACAAAGUAAUGUAAAUAUUCCCCUCAUGUGCAAGAAGUAAUGCAAAUAAACGUGACUAAAGUAUUCUAUCACCAGCAUACAGGUAGUUUCUUAAAAGGAGUAGGAUUAGAAGAAAGCACAAUAACUUUUAUAUCAUCAAACCAUCUAGGGGUGUUGGUUUUCCAGCGUGUUUUGUGUGUGUAAUUUCUUUGAUUAUUUGCUCAUAUUUUUCACUUUUAUGGAAAUAACCAGCACAUCUAAAGUAUGACAAGGGAUAUAUUAAUAGUUUAUACUCUAGAAACAGUACUAAGAAAGUUGUGUAUCCUUUAUGUUCUCUUGGGAAUUUAAUUUUCAUGAAUAUAGGACUCAUAUUUAGAGAGGAAAAUUAUUUUGUUCGGUAGACCUUUCCUUGGGUGUUGAGAGGGAGUUUUAAAGUGGUACGUUUGUAGGUUCAAAGUUUAGUACUUUAGUUUAUUCAUCAUUGAUACUGAUGGUAAUCGGAUUUUGGUUGCUGAAUGCCAGUUUUGUGUUUACACCUUUCAAUGAAGUGAAGUCCACUAACCUGUAGAGCAAAAUAAUUUGUUAACAGGUUAUUUAUUGUUUCAGUUUACGGUAGUUCAAUGUAGUUUUGAUUCAUGUGGUUUUGUAUUCCUUCCUUUUUCCGCAGUUGACAUGAUUUGUAGAAUUGAUGCUGUUAUCUGUGUUCCGUUCGUUUAGGCAGCUUCUGUUCUCCAUCACACGUGAGAAGUGUUUUGAGAUUUUAUAUCAUGUCUCUGUUGGUGUUUGGCCAUUGCAUCUGCACCUGAUGAGAUGGUUAUAGCAAGGGAAAACUAUAGUCUAGUUUCUUGAGGCUACAGAAGCAGUACUUAAUCAAAUUCUUCUUCUUUUGUUUUUCUCUCUCAUCUUAGCCUACCUUGUGAUUAGUUCCGUUCCUUCUACAAUAUUGUGCAUGGCUAGAUCCCUUUCUCGAUGCCUAAAAUCUGGAAACUAGCAUGUUUUGUUUUUCUUAUUCAUAUCUACAAUUAGAUUUUGCAA